AUUUACGUGAUCCAACAUCCAUACGAUCGCAAGCCAAUCCAAUAGGAUGCAUCGAUUCAGGCCAACAGUUUAUAGCGCUUAUUCGGAUGCCUGGGCAGGUAACUCUUUUACGUGUCCAUUUAACUAAAACCUUUUCAAACACCGAUCUUGUUGACUUAUGUACAACUUAAAACUGAUUCUACUAAUACAACUAUUACAAUAUCUAGGUACUAGGGACUAAAGCCAUGCCGCAGACCUGGCUAAUCACCGGCUGCUCCAGCGGCUUCGGCGAGCUCUUCGUGCGGAAACUCCGGGCCGCCGGCGACAACGUCAUCGCCACCGGCCGCUCCGCCGAAGUCAAGCUCCGCCACCUCAAAGAAACCGGCGCCGAGAUUCUCGAUCUCGAUGUUUCGAUCCCCGCGGAGGAGAUCAAGGCUAAGAUCGACCAUGCGUGGAAUAUUUAUCCCGGGGGCAUUGAUGUGGUUGUUAAUAAUGCGGGUUAUAUCCUUAGCGGUGCGCUUGAGGAGUUGAGCGUGCAAGAAAUGGAGGACGUGAUGAAGACAAACUUCUUCGGCCCUUUCAACAUCACACAAGCCAUACUACCCAAAAUGCGAGCUACAGGGAAAGGAACGCUGUGCUAUAUGAGUUCGCAAGCGGGGUGGCACGGCGAUCCCGGCGCCGCCGGAUACUGCGCUUCGAAAUUUGCCGUGGAAGGGAUGGCCGAGUGUCUCUCGAAAGAACUCGCUUUCAUCGCGCCCGCCGUCAGAGUCCUGCUCUUCGAGCCCGGAUACUUCCGGACCCGCGCGUUCCACAACGUCAACUACACGACCGUAAGCGACGCCAGUGACUACUCCCAGUUCCACAGCGGCGCGGUGGCGCACGUGGAGGGCGUGAAGAGCAACGAGCCCGGCGAUCCGGAUAAAGGGGUCGACCGCAUGAUUGAGAUCAUCAAGGGAACGGGCGUGGCGGCGGGGAGGACGGUGCCGUUGAGGGUGCCGCUGGGGAGUGAUGGGUGGGGGAAGGUUCAUGAUAAGUGUGUGGAGACGUUGAAGAUUUGCGAGGAGUGGGAGGAUGUUGCAAGGAGCACGGAUGUGGAUUCGUCAGCAUAGGUGCCCUGAAAGGAACCCAUUUCACCUAGCCUACUGCUUAAGAAUUGAGACAGUCUCUUUCACUGACUUUCUUGCUUUUAUGAUACUGCCUGUACUUGUGCCGAACUUACCUGGUCCCAAGAUAUUUCAAAAGAUGUGGAAGUACAUAGUCGGCGCCGCCGGUCUCACUAGAUCGGCAGUAGUUAGAACAUUCGGACGACGAUCUCCCCCCUUUGAAAGACCCCA